AUGUAUGCAUCCUGCCACUCGGAGGUGGAGUCAGUGUCAGUGCGCGCGCGGUAGGCACCGACUCCCGAUCCGCGCUCCGCUAUGGCGGCUCAGAGAGGACAGGAUGUGAGCAAAGCGUUCGUUCACGUACGAGCCGACUCCGACUCCUACCUCGACGCGCUCUUCGACCACCUCGUCAAUCCGACCGCACCGAAGGGCCUUCCUCUGCGACGUCGCAACAUCCCCGACGGCUUUUUCUCGCAGCAGGCAGCGAAUCGUACGGGAGGCGCCUCGUCGUCGAGCAGCCAGCACAGCCGCGAGAACUCGACCGAUUCAAGCUACGCGCCGUCGAGUACGGCAUCACAAACUGUGGCGCAGACUGCCAGCCACACGCGCUCUCAGUCGCUCCCCGCCAGCUUUUCAGGCGCAUCUCAUCGACAGCAGUCGUCGUUCGAAAUCCAGGGAAGUGCAGGAAGUGCUGGGCGGACCCUCCAACUGCCAGGUCAUCGGAUACUGACUGAAGACGACGGCUAUGGUCCCCUACCACCCGGAUGGGCCAUCGCACUGACAAACGAAAGCCAAAAGUACUUCGUCGAUCAUGUAAAUAAGAAGACGACGUGGGAAGAUCCGCGACUGCAGCAUCUGCGCAAGGAGGACGAGGUCUUGCCUGAUGGAUGGCAGCGAGCGCACACGGACGAGGGAGUACCGUAUUUCAUCAAUCAUCGCGAGCGGACGACGACGUGGACGAAGCCGACGGCGACGAGUACGCAGACGGCGUCGUCGAGCCUCCAGCCGCCGCAUUCGCUGCAUCAGGGUAUGCCAGUUGGUCAGCAGAAUCAUCACACGCGCUCGCAGAGUCUUCAGCGUUCGCAGAAGCUGCGCAUCCAGCGACUGCAGCAGGAGCGCGAGAUGCUGCGUCUACAGCGAGAGCGCGAGGUGUUGCUGCGUCAGCAUCAGUUUUUGCUUCAGAAGGAGCUAAAGUUAAAGCAAAUUUGCGAUGAGUUGACGGUGCCCGUCGUGCAGCAGAGAGACCCGAUGAUGUCGUCAGUCGCAUCGGUGACCGGAUCUGGAUUGACUUACCACAGCCGGGAGAAUUCCUCCGACUAUGCCAUGGAAACGAUGCCGACCGGUGCACACGCCAACAAUACGUUUCUCUCGCAUCCAUCGGUUCACGGCGAUUCCGGUCUGUUGGAUUCGUUUGGUGAGUUGGGAAUGGGCGAGGGGUCGGUGACGAGCGACGAGGGUAUGAUGAUGGCGGGGAUGCCCAACGUAAGUCCCGGAUUGGCGCCAACUGUAACGGCACCGGGCUUGCAGUACGGCAAUGCGCAUGUUCAUGCAGCAACUGGAAUGCCGCCUGAUUUAUUGGAUUCGAUGGAGGGCACGAGUGUGGACGAGGUACCGAACAUGGGUCUUUCGACAUCACAUGCUAUGGAUACCGAUGAUGGUGACCAAGUCGACUUCUUGUCGGAAGUUCGAACCCUACUAUCUCAUGCGGCCGAAAAUCCUCUUUUUGUUACUGAUAACUUCUCAUAGCCACAGCUUUCGGUAUUUCGAGAAACGACACUGAAUCGCUGGCUGAUCUUGUCUCCUGCUGAUACAUGGACAACCACACAAUAACUACGAGAUUUCUCACUGAACUCCUUGUCUGAGAUGGGAGUCUGUUGCUUCGUUUUUAGAUGUGGUUUUCUUCCGUUUUAGAUGGUUUAUAUAUGUAGCUAACUUUUAUUAGUUCUUUCAUUACACUGGACAUGCUGUCGUAGGUGAAGGUUCAAAGUCAGGUCUGGUUUGUGGUGAUUGGA